AUGACUAGCUUCCUCAACUCUAAAGUAAGUUUUUUCGUUAGUUUUGUUUUUAAUUUUAGGUAACGCUGGGGAAUUAGAUAGUUUUUUUACGUUUUAAUGAUAAACUUUGUCUACGUUUAUACUUUUGACUCAUGCGGAUGCAUUGACGAAUUAUGUUGUUUUAGGCGUUGUCACCCGAAGCCUUUUCUUACUUUGGUGAUUACAUCAUUCAGAAUUGGCAGAAGAGAAUUUCAGUAAGACCAGGAUAUUUUGAUGUUAAUUGUAUUAAUUUGGUUUGGUUUACAGUAAGUUAACUAACGAUUUUGUUUUUUCUGUAUUGUUCUAGGUUUAAGGUUAACGAAACUUUUAUAAGAUUAGGUAACAAUUUCUUUACUUGUUUUCGUGUCUUAUAAGAGCUAGUAAGAUGGUUGACUAUAUUACGCAUAAAUUUAUCAUAUUCUAGGUGCCUUAAGAAAGCAGUUUUCUGAAUAGUUUUAAAUUAUAUUGUUUUAGUGUAUCAGCCAAAAGGCAGCGCUAUUCGUUCGUCGUCGAAACUUGUUUUGCCUUCGAAUUCGUGCUUCUUAUCGAAAGAUUACAGAUGUCAGGGUGGGAGUUAUGAUCAACUUCGAGAAAAUAAAAACGAGAGAUGAAAUUACCGAAUAUGAUUAUCAGCUACUAAACAAACGUUAUCAGGAGAUUCUCAUGGUCUGCAUGCCAGUAUUUUCUGGCAUUUCUUUUCAAAUUGACAUGGAUCGGAAUUCGAUUAUCACGUUUUAUGGAUAUUCGUGUAGAAAGGCUUCUCAAGCGUAUUAUGACACAAUGAAUUGUAGGUUUCUGGUUAUUUUUUUGUGUUUUAGCGUUAUCUGUGUAGAUCGACAACAAUUUCUGUUUUUGGGUUGAAUAUUGUGAAAAAAUAAGUUACUUUUAAUAUCAGAGGAGGUUUUGGUCUAUAUUAAUGAAUGGUCUUUAUCAAAUAUGACUGAAAACAAUUUGUUUUCAGCUUUAAUUCAUAGCAAAUUGAAGAUCAACCAGGAAAUGGUGAAUUAUUUUUUGAAUAUGAUGAAAGAGCACUUGUUUACUGUUGACUUCUGCACUUCUGACAACACUUGUUACUACAGAGUGUUCCCUGUUUUGAUGGAACUUGAGAGCAUUGAUUUUCGUCGACUUUCAAUCCGAAUCGAAGGAGGUCUAAAUCCGUGUACAUUAAGAUUGCUAAAGAAGCAUUCAGUGAAACAUCUGGAGCUGUUACCCUGUGCAUGGCAGCUGUAUCUGCUCCCAAAGAUUCGGAUGUAGGUUUCUUGAUGUUUUCUUCAAAGUUUGGUUAUUAUUUUAGUUGGUUUUCGGUCGAAAAAUGGGAAGAACAUUAGUUUUUUUUAUUUUUAUAUAUUAGUUUAAGAUUAAUGUAGUAGUUUUAGUGAUCAUGCUUUUACGGUGGAAAAGUUGACGGUGAAUUUUUUGUAUUUAAAUCAGGAGUCACUGCUUGACAAAAUUGUGGAUCGCAUGGAGGUCUUCAUGGAGUUGGUCAGUAUUUACGUGGAGAUGGAUGUGUUUGAACUGAAAUUGGAAAUUGUAAGUUCGUAUAACCCUGCUUUAUAAUUUUUCUUGUUUUUUACGAUUUUACAAUUGCUAGAAACGAAAAAUACCAAAACUACUGGAUCUGCCUAUGUCUUAUGCUUUUUAGAGUUUUAUUCUAAACAAAAGUAGCGUGGUUAGAACGUUUGACCGUAUUAUUGGAAAUACAAUGAAUCCUGCUGUGGAAUACAUGGCAGAGGUGGCGGUGGCGCAAUGCGCAUACGGCGUAAGAGGAGACGUUAAUCUGCAUGACUUUGAAGAGUGGGAUUAA